UUUUUGCACGUAACCUCUCGCCUUUGAAAAAAGACUUGUUAGGUUGGAUGGCUGCUCUACCAUUUCAAAUGCUUUUGGAAAUGAUUGGGCAAACUUGCUGAAAAAAAGCUGUUAUCGGUGGGAAAAACUGGUCUCUGACAAAUCUCUUUUAUCAAACAAGGUUUCCGGAAAUGGAUCCCUUUUUGGAUUUGCUGAAUUCAUUUUCAAGGGCCUUGUCGCCUGCGGAGCUUGAAGAUCUUAAAUUUCUUUGCCACAGCCACAUUGGUAAAAAAAAACUUCAGGGUGUGAGCCGUGGCAAUGAGCUCUUUGCGAUUCUCCUGGAACAGGAAAAAAUUGCCUCCAACGAUGUAGAGUUUUUGAGACAGCUGCUCAAAACCCUGAAAAGAGAAGAUCUACUAACCCAACUGGAGCAGUAUGUCAAAACAGAAGAUGGUGAUCCAGGUUGUCAACCAGAUGAUGAACAGAAAUAUAAACUGAAAAGAGCUUUUGAAAUCAUAUGUGAAAAUGUUGGAAGGAACUGGAAAAUGCUCGCUCGAAAACUUGGAAUUUCAGAUGCCAAGAUGGAUAAGAUUAUGGCUGCUAAUCCCUACAAUUUGGAAGAACAAUUAAUGCAAUCACUUGUAGAAUGGCAAAAAUUAAAAGGAAAGGAUGCGAAGGUGGAGGAUAUAAUAAUGGCUCUCAGGGACUGUCGAAUGAAUCUAGCAGCAGAUUAUGUUGAAGAAGCUGUGAAAGAAACUGAAACUCAGUAGGAUCAGUCAGAAGAGACUCUGCUGGCAUUGAAUUAAACAUUCACAAGAGAAGACUAGGGGUGCCACAUCUGGGCUGCAGAAAUGAAUGAUCAUUAGAUGGCAGCAAAGUGACACAGAAAAUGUUUUGACAUUUUGCUUUUACAUAAUAGUUUACAAAAUUUUUGUAGCCAAAUUUGCAAAGUUCUGCUUCAAUUAAAAGAUUUUCC